AUGAAGGCGCAAAACAAUCAUGUUCAAUUGAACAGAGCACCAUUCACUUCUGCAUUUGCAUUUUUUGCAACAAAAAAAAGUGCUUUUUUAGUCGGGUGUCCUGCUAUCACUGAGGGAUCUAUUUCAAAGAAAUCAACUUCAGGUUAUCGUGCACGUUAUGUUUGUUCAGAAUGUUUCCAUCUACAAGGUGGUCACUUUUAUGAAAACCCGGGUAAAGGUUAUAAAUUCGUUUCCUGUGCUGAGCUUGAAAAACAUAAAGAUGACACAAGUAAAGCUUUGAUAGAUAUCAGAAAUUGGAUAAUAUUAGUUGGAGAAUCGCACGAUCAGAAGUUAAAAAAAAGUCUUCUUUCAUUAUUAACACCAACUCUUAAAAUUUUAAAUAAUGAUAGUAAAAACUCACUAAAAAUACAACCUGAACUUCCUAGCAGUUUUCUCAUUAAAGCUGCACUAAAAUUAAAAUUCAAUUCUAGUAAAUUAACAUCUGCUAGACUUAGUCCAGAAAAUGCAACAUCCAUGGGAGAGAAAAUAGAAAAUGAGGAAAAAAUGAUGCUAAAGAUCAAAGCAGCACAAAGUGAAAGAGAACGCUUGUUAAAGAUUAUUUCACAAUACACAGGUAAUGUAGUAAUAAACCAAAAUGCUCAUUCAAUCCAGUCUCGAGAUAAUUUGGUCCAGUUUUUAUCUGCAAAAUUGAUAUUUGCAUUUAAAAACCCAGAUUUAGCAAUACAUGAUAUAUUUGAAUAUGCACCAGGAAUAAAUGAAAAGGAUAUUGAGAAAAUUCUUACCUGUUACGAAACUGGUAAAUCAUGUCUUGAAGCAAUUCUUAGACAAGAUGUAUACCAAACAGAGCCUCGUCCAAAAUAUGGGCGUGGUGCCCGAAAUGUAGAUCGCUAUACAUAUGCUAAAAUUGAUGCAAUGAAGAAAGAAAAAAACAAAAUUAGUAACAUAACUAUACAACAGAAAACUUCAACACAUGAUCUUUUGUUCGAAAUGCUAAAGAAGUCUUCUGAAGCUUCAUCCUCUACACAAGUUUCUUCCUCUACGCAAAUUCUUAAUGUUGAAUACUAUCAAAAACGAAAACGGAGAAAAACAACAGAUGAAGAAAAAACAAUUCUUUCUCGACUAUUCGAAUUUAGUGAUACUGUACUACUUUCUGUAAUUAAUGAAAUAAUGACUGAACUUGAGAAAAUCUCUUCGGAUUGGACAUAUGAUAGAAUUAAACAAUAUUGA